GCAACACAUUGUGACCUCUCAUCCUUCACCGCUUAUAUCCGGGCGUCAAGUCUCAACCGCCCGUCUUGUGACCGCACUCCGGCCGAGCAAGUUUGCGAGGACUGGAGUGUUGAACGAGGCUAUCGUCGGUGCUGGUGUCGUACUCGAGGAGUUGCUUGCAGCUUUCCUUGCCUGACCCAGAGCCAUCAGAAGAUUUUUCCUGACCCUGCCAAGUUCAGACAGUCAGGGCACCCAAGAGGCAGCCCACAGCAGCAGAGCUUAACACCUGCUACUGCAGUGCCAGGGAGCAGUUACACAUCCCCAGCUCGCCUCAACCCACUGCAGCACAUCAACAUGGCCACAGAGCUGGAUAACCGCUGCCCCAUAUGCCUGGAUAGAUGGGAGGAGGCAAGCUAUGUGAUGCCGUGCCUCCAUCAAUUCUGUUAUACAUGCAUCAGGCGGUGGGCUGAGGACAAACCAGAGUGCCCCCUCUGUAAAAGGAAGGUGACAUCUAUUCUGCACUCAGUGAAGGGGGACAAUGACUUUGAGGAGCUUGUCAUCGCUCCAUCUGCAGCACCAUCACUCAUCAUCCACUUGACAGGAGGAGCUCCUGGCCACCGAGCUGCAGGAUCCGAGCCAUCAGCUGGAAGACCGGUGCCAAGGGCCCCUGUGGGCGGCCUCCAUCCCCACACUUGGGCAUUGCUAUUCCGACAGCACCCAGCUCUGUUCCGUCACCUCGUGCUCUGGCUGCGAUACCAGCUCCGGUUGAUCUUCCAUGGUGCCCGCUGGGAAGUAGCGUCAGCAGAGAGGCUUGUCAUGUCCAGUCUGAGCCUCUUUGGCCCAGAUGAAGAAACACUGUGCCAGCUGCUGCGGGCGACCCUGGGCCCGCACACAAGCAGCUUCGUGCACCAGCUGGUUGACAUCGUGGUGGAGCGCUGCAGCAGGGAAGCCCAACGUCGGAUGGACCUGGGGGAAAACUGGGCUGUGGAGGAGCAGGACGGCAGCCCUGAAGCUGCCCCCGAGCCUGCUGCCACCCAAAGAGGGUCUCCUGUCCACCGUCCAGCCACCUUCAGCAGCCCUGAGAGCUCAGAGGAAGAAGAGAUCCCCAGCACCUCAUCGGCUGCCCUUCGUGGGGGUCCCGGUGGCAACCGCUCUGUUCCUGUUUCCACCCAUGGGGAGCAAGAGGAGCCACAGGAGGACGCAGAAGAGUCUGGACCUGCAUCCUCCACUCUUAGCCGAGACAGCAGAUGCUCCCCUGCGAGAGCCCGGCGAGCCCUGAAGAGAAGGGCUGGCAGCCCUGAGGGCACCCCGCCAAACAAGAGGCCACCCCACCAGCAACAAUAGGAUGGUGCCCCAGGGGCUGCCAAAACCAGGUUUGGGCCAGCAGCCGGGGCACCCGCCAGCCCUCAAGGGGACUUUGAUCUAAUAAUCAAAUAAUACAAUAAACAUACAAAAACUACAGAAAUAGUCUUGGUAUUUUUAACAAUGGAGUUGGCGUUGCUGUCACCACCCGUAUUUUUUUUCUCAUGUGGCCAGAAAUGGCCACCAAGAGGAUUCAGUCCAUGCUUUCCCCAGCGGCAGAAGUCAGCCAUGAAGAAGCCAUGCCAGCC